AUGAGUUGUUCUUCUGAGCAGUGCUCAUGCUCUUGGGAUAUAGGCCAGCAGAGGAUCUAUGGUAUCACAGUGACUGUGGAAAACCCACUGGGAAAGAAAACUGCCACGGAUGUUUUUGAUGUAACUCACAGAAUUUAUCCCGCUGCACCCUUCCAGCUGUCAGAAGACUGCACAGAUACAGAAAUCACAUUAUAUUGGAAACAUCGAAACAAAGGAAUUGAACACUUUUGUCAGACUGAAGUGCUGCAACCUGAUGGGAAAGUAGAACUGCAUAACAGUUCAGACACACAUCUCCAUUAUGGCAGCAUCACCCUGGGUGAACUGCAGCCAUACACUGAAUACACAGCCAGAGUACACUGUGGGGUAGCUAAGCAUUUCUGGAGGUGGAGUGAAUGGAGCGAAGCCCGAACCAUCAGAACAAACGAAGCAACUCCAUCAGGGAAACUGGACAUCUGGAGAGAAAUUACACCAGUUCUGGGGGGGCGGAAUGUGACCUUGUUCUGGAAGCAAACACCAAGUUUUCGAGCAAAUGGAGGAAGUAUUUCAUAUGAAGUAACAUGGGAAAAAGUAGAAGAUGGCUCUAAGCCUGAAAGCAUCUCCUUUUCAUCAGUCUACAAUAGCACAAGGAUUUCCAUUGAUAACCAUUCCUACAGAAUCAGUAUUAUGGCAAAGAACAGUGUUAAUUAUUCACUUCCUUCAGUAUUGAUCAUCCCUAGAGCUACAGGUAACAGCACUGAAGAGCUUAAAGAAGAACAGGUUAAUGGUACAGAUGAUGGCAUUUUUAUUUCUUGGGAGCCCAGAUAUAUAUAUGACAGUUACAUUAUCGAUUGGUGUAACUUUCCGAUGUUGCAGCCUUGUGAUUUGCAAUGGAGGAGAUUUGGGCCCAACAGUUCCAGUGCUCUGAUCAACUCAGCUGCUUUUGUUCCGGGGCUGAGAUACAACUUCCAUGUGUAUGGAUCUGUUGCUAAUAGAGCCUCCUUACUGGAGAAGAAGACUGGUUAUCUCAGGGAGCUACCUCCUCUGCUUGACCCUAUUGUGGAAAAAGUUGAACUGACUUUCAAUGCAGUAACACUGUCUUGGGAUUCUUAUCCCACAAAUGAAUCACAGUCUGGUUUUCUAAGAGGCUACCAUGUUUAUGUGUCACCUAUACAAGAGGUCUGCAGUUUGAAAGGAUCCAAAAAACAUAUUCUUCCAGAUGAUUCCGUGCUAUGUAAAUACACAAUUGAAAACCCAGAAGAAAAGAGAUACACCGUGAAACACCUGUCCUCAAACACAAAAUACAAACUAGUGGUUAAGGCAUAUACAGGUGGAGGAGAGACUCCUAUUGUUAACUUUAUUUACAUAGAUACACCAUUUAACUCAAACAUGCUGUACCUUCUAGUCCUGCUAGUGAUAGUUCCAUCGCUAGUAGCAGCUAUAUGCCGCUGGAAGAUGAAGUGGGUGAAGGAGUGCUGCUGUCCUGUUAUACCUAGUCCUAACAAGAGCAAAGUGCUGUCAUUGAAAGAGCUUAAGAAAGGUUCUGAGAAAGUAUUGAAAAUAAGUGACUGCAUUCCUGACAUACUAGCAGUGGACAGUAAGGCUGAAGUCCAGAAAUUACAUCCAUGGAGCCAGCUGUCUUCAAUGCCAACAGAAGAUAAGAUUGAUGGUCACAAUUCUUCCUGGAUAUACCCUAACAAAAAUGAAGAGAGAGACUUUACAACCACACCUACACCUCAGACUCAUACUUGGUUUGAAAAUUUUGCUUAUUCUUCUCAUCCUGCAGUUGAACCUGAUCCCUAUCAAAUACCGGAGACACUGGAAGCAAGCAAGCCAGAACUGUCAGUAGUGCUAUACCAACCACACUAUUACUUUGGUAUUUUUAAUGAAAAUGCUGCCUCAACAUCCAGAGAAACAACUGGCAGAAAGACCAGUCUGAGAUGUAUUUCACAAACAGAUGUGCACUGCCUAGGGAGGAGGCUUUGA